GAUGGCGGCGCCCAUCCUGAGAGGCGUGAGAGGUCAGGGCUGGGGUUUGUGCAGCCUCGGAUUCCGCCAGAUGUUCCGGAGAGAGAUCAGUUUCAAAUUAGAUGAGAAAACAGCCCACAGCAGCUUGGAUUUAUUCAAAAAGGACACUGGGGUCCUCUAUCGCAUGCUGGGGAUUGACCCCACCAGAGUGCCCCGAAACCCUGAACGCUUCAGAGACUGGGCUGUAGUUUUGGGUGACACCACCAUCUCCAGUGGCUGCCAUUACUGGGAAGUGACUGUGAAACGAUCCCAACAGUUCCGCAUUGGGGUGGCAGAUGUGGACAUCUCCCGGGAAGUCUGCAUAGGAAUGGAUGACAAUUCCUGGGUCUUUGCCUAUGGGAAUCACUGCUGGUAUGCCAUGUUUGCUAAUGAAACCACUCCAAUCACUAACAUUGGCCAACCAGAAAGAGUCGGCCUAUUCUUGGACUAUGACCGCAAAAGAUUCAGCUUGAUAGAUAUACGACAACACAUGUUUAUCCACAAUAAGUUGCCAGAGUUCCGAGGUCCCGUGGUGCCUGCCUUUGCCCUCUGGGAUGGUGAAUUGCUCACCCACUCAGGCCUGGAUGUACCCGAGAAGCUCAAGCAAAGUUGAAAUCUAUUCAAGAGUGUUGACACUGAGAUUUUUUUUUCUGUUUCCUUGCCUUUUGUGAGUAAAAUUUGCCACCCUUUACUUGUGCCAUAUUUAUCUUGCACUGCUAUUUUGGUUUUGUCAGGAAAGGGUUGCUUUAAAAAAUGAGCUUUUUUAAGGCAGCAAUUUUUUAUGUGAUCAAUUGCACCAUUUGAUACCUUACCUCAUAGGCUUUUAGUUCUGUAGAAGUCAGGACAUUCCCUUCUCCCGCUGUGUUGCAGAACCAUUCCAGAAAUUGUUCUGCCUCAGGAAAACCAAACAGCCAGCUAAGGUCAUUCCCACAAAGAGUAAGGGUAGAUGGUUUUCAAGACCUCUACAAAUUCUGUUCCUGUCAAUGGCCUCCAUCAGGAAAGCUCUGGAGCAUCUCUGUGAAUAUGUUUGGAUUGUUCCUCUAACCCCUCUGCAUCAAGCAAGCGAUAUAUCAAUCUGACUAUAGAAGGACCACUUUAUGUCUUUUAAUUAUGUAAGAUUUCCUUUUCUUGUUAGAAAUAUUUGCUCAAGCUUUCAGAUAUUUGAAGGACAUUUCCAUUUUGAUAAGAACAAUGGUUUUUAACACAAAGGAUCUAUUGCCUCCUGCUGGUGGGGUUGGAGGACAAAAUAAGCUUAGAACUAAGCAGAUAGCAUCUUAUGACCAGUGAAAAUCCAACUCUCCUGAAUUCAUAAACAAUACAGUACACAGAUUAAUAUUGUAGGAAUUACUUUAUUAAUACCAGCCCCCGAUUAUCCUUUGUUAGAUUGGUUGAAAGAACAAGAAUCGUCCCAAUAUACAUCUGCAGUUACAUAUAUUCAUCAAAAAGGAAAGAUAAAGAAUUUGCUACAGUUUGUUAUAGUCACCAUAAUUAAAAUUAGCUGAAAUCAACAAAUAUUUAAGCAGUGUUUUGUUUUUCUUGAUAUUGGAUGUAGCAAGAGCAGUUCUGUAUGCUGUGUAAAAAUAAAAGCAUCUAAAACAAAAUAUUAUUUUAUCUGGACUUCUGAUUGCAAAUAUCCACUGCUUGGAAAUCUUGUGAUAAAAAUGCACACAGUAGUUAAAAAAUGUAGAGGAAUAAAGUAGCCUACCAAUCUUGUUGGCAGCAACAUUGAAACAUAGCAUUGUACUGCUUCAAGAUUUCUGUUUUUCCUGUUCCACAAUGACUGAUUUUUGAUGGGUAUUUUGCCAUUCUAUUCCAAAAUAGCUGAACACUUUUAUUGGAGGUGCUGAAAAGAGAGGUGCAGGGAAAAUGAUAGUGCCACUUCAAGCAGCUGAUGGAAUGUCUUAUGCCACGUUAGAAGGACAUUGCAAGAUUGCACAUAUUAGCCCUCAAAGGGGACUUAUUUCCUGUGUGGUAAUGAAUGUGCUUAAGAUCGGGCAGUAGUUUGCUAUAUAUGGGGGUAGUGGCUGUACCUGAAAGUAUCUUUCCCCAUACCUGUGAUUAAUUUUUUGGAGAGGAGGAGAGAAAUGACUGAUUGGUGGGUGAACAAGUGUUUGAAGUAGUGAACCAGAAUAUGAGAGCACAACGGUGUAGAUAAAAGUAGAAAAGCUAUUUCUCCAUUUUUGCUUUCCAUUCUGGUGCUUGUGUAAAUUAUUUUUAGCUUCUUGAAUUUGGCUUUCUGAAAAUGGAGGUUUGUGAGUGGCUGCAAGUAUCAUAGAAGUCAUGUUGUGAUUGUGCAUGUAACAUGUUGAUGAAAAUGUUCAAUCGGUCAGUCUAUCAAAUCACACAAUCCAAAUUUGACAUGAUACAUUUUUUUAAUGGAAACAAGAAGCAGAAUAGAUGCACUAAAUUUCAAAUUGAUUUUUAAAAGUGAAAAUCAAUUCCCUAAAAAGCAACAGUUAUAUCUCCACACCUUCCAGUGGCAUAACUGCAUUAUGAGAUAGCUCUGCAGCCUCUGUGUGUAGGAAAGGGA